GAUGAGACGGGUUUGCUGUGUGCAUUGUGCUGUGUGCUUUGCUGUGUAAAAUCGCAACAAAUUAACUUUAGCACAUUUUUUGAAGUCUGAUUUAUAAAAAAUUUACUUAAGAUAAAUUUUGCAUAAAAGAAGACAUACAACUAAAUCGCCCGUUGAAACAUAAACCCCAACACAUGAAAAAACAAUAUCGGCCGGCGAAGAAGAAAAAUAAAAAAAACGAAAAGCAAAGAAAUUAGAAUUCUGUGUGAAGGUGGUAAAGAAGGAGGAUACGAAAGUUGGACAUCGGAAACCGCAUACACCAGGCAUUUCUACAGAGUUUAAAAGAAAAAAUAAAAAUUUUCAAACUUUUUGUGUGUGGGCUCAUAGGAUACGUGUCAUAUUGAUAACACAUACUCAUAGGUCGGCCGAAGACAAAAAAUUGAUAAUUGAAAGUGGCGGACCACCGGCAUUAAGAUGACACAAAGUGGAAAUGUAGCCGCGCUCGGAGAAGAGCUUGCCCAGGCAAUUGAAUUAAUUAUGCGUCCAGAUACAGCCCAGCAGUCGCGCAUGGAAGCCUACAUGGCUUGCGAACGAUUUAAGGAGGAAUCACCGUUAUGUGCACAAGUUGGCCUUUACUUAGCCAGCGGUCAACAAUUCGGCCAAAAUGUCAAGCAUUUUGGCUUACAACUAAUGGAAUACACAAUUAAAUUUAAAUGGAAUAGUAUUUCGCAUGAGGAAAAGCUUUUCAUAAAAGAAAACGCUAUGAAACUUAUUCAUUUUGGUGUUGGUCCGGCCGAAGAUGCAAGCUUGGCACACCUAAAGGACGCUUUAUCGCGCAUAAUUGUGGAAAUGAUCAAACGCGAAUGGCCACAGCAGUGGACGACAUUGCUAUCUGAGUUAUCUGAAGCUUGCAAUAAAGGCGAACCGCAGACGGAGCUGGUGCUAUUGGUUUUUCUACGCCUCGUCGAGGAUGUGGCAUUGCUUCAGACCAUAGAAUCAAACCAGCGACGCAAGGACAUGUAUCAGGCGCUUAACAACAAUAUGAACGACAUAUUUGAAUUUUUCCAACGACUUAUCGAGCUGCAUGUUACAUCCUUUCGUGAGGGGACUGCGCACGGAAACUUUCAGAAAGCGAAUGCACACGGCCGUGUUGUAGAAGUGGUGUUAUUAACACUAACUGGAUUCGUGGAAUGGGUUUCAAUGAACCACAUAACCUCCAAUAACUGCAAGUUGCUACAAAUUCUUUGCAUUUUGUUGAACGACAAAGCAUUCCAAUGCAACGCUGCUGAGUGUCUCUCACAGAUUACCAAUCGAAAGGGCCAGGUGAAGGAGCGUAAACCGUUGCUGAUGUUGUUCGGCGAAGAUCCGAUGCGUUAUAUCUUUACGGCCAGCCAAAUGUUGCCAGAUGCAGCCGUCGCUGGCGCUUUAGAGCAAAACCAUAAUUUCCUUAAAAAACUUCUGAAUAUGCUGAGCGGUUUGGGUCAGCAAAUCGUAAUACUGUGGGGUAAAGAAGAUGGCAGCAUACAGAGGCCACAGCACUUUGAAAUAUUUCUAGAAUGUUUACUUCUGCUCGCACGCCACCCCUCGUUGACGGUGGCGCAUGAUGCAUCUCUAAUCUGGAACAUGCUACUCAAACAUGAUGGCAUUUCCAAGGAUGCAACUGUGGUCCCAUACAUUCCAAAACUGAUACACGUUAUCGCGCCGCGCAUCAUUAAAACCCAGUAUCCCAGCACGCGCUCAUUACCCACCUCAGUGUCGACGGCCGCAUAUAUCUGCUUAGAAUACGACAGUGAGGAAGAAUUUGCGGUGUUCUACUACCGCUGCCGCACCGAUUUUUUGGAGGUAUUUCGCCAGUCAACCCUCGUUCAGCCUAUCGUUACGUUCACGUAUUGCGAACAGUGGCUCAACGCUCGUCUGGCCAAAGCACAUACCGAACGCGAUAAUGUUAAUUGUUCUGUACAUGAUCCCGUUUAUAUGGAAUGGGAAGCUUUGGUUUGCGUUAUCGAUGGAGUUCUUAGUCGUAUACUCUUGGUGUCAGAACGGCCAUCGGUGCAAUCAGGACUGCGUUUGCUGGAAGAGUGCUUGAAAGUUGAGACUAGUAAUCCGCUCUUACUCUCCAUAUUGUUGUCCUGCAUUUCGGCUCUUUUUGUGUUCCUCAGUAUGUCUUCAUGUCAGAUAACACCGAAUAAUUGCGUAGCUAUGAGCGGCGUAGCAUUGCUGCCACGAGUGUUGGAGCGUAUUUUCGAAGCACUUGUAUUUCGGGAUCCCACCGAGCCAAGCACUUUAACAACGCGCGCACAAGCCACAAAAAAUUUGCGUCGUCACGCCGCUUCCCUCAUGGUUAAACUGGGUCAUAAGUAUCCACUGUUACUGCUACCAGUUUUCGAUCAGAUUGACACACAUGUGAAGGUCCUGCUCGAUGAUCCGCGGCAUGCACUAGGCAAAAUGGAACGCACUACACUACAGGAGGCUCUAAUGUUAAUAUCGAAUCAUUUUUGCGAUUACGAACGGCAGACUGCUUUCAUUGCAAACAUUAUGAAUAGCACGCUUGGGCAUUGGUCUACUUUUGCGGAGGUGUUUAAAUCGGCAUAUACCUUUAUACAGUUCGUGGGGCUCGAUAAACCGGCGGUAACUGCAUUUCAAUCAGAUCCACUCUGCAUAAAUCGUGGUAUUUUGUUGGACUCACUAAACGUGGUGCUAGCUGUUAUUAAACGUUGCACAUGGCCUGAUGAUCCGGAUCGUGCAUCCCGCGGCGGAUUCGUUGUAGGUUUUACCGAGCUCGGCAACCCCAUUUGCCGCAAUCCAGCCACACCACAUAUAAUUCCCCUGCUGCCACAUAUACUUGCAUUAAUGCGCGUGCUCAAUGAGCUCUAUCGCCCUCAAGCGAAGGCUUUGCUCUCAGAGGAUUUUCGUAAUGUAUACACCAUGUUAGAGCACGAGAAAAAGACUUUGCUGGGCGUGUGCACACCACCAGCUGACCCACUUGACCCAACUGUCAAAACGGUGACAAGUACUGUGGACCGCAUGCAGCAGUUCAUGUCAUUGUUAUACGAAGGCUGCUAUCACAUGAUGGGCUCUGCGGGACCAACUCUAGGACGCGAUCUCUAUCAGUUGCAAGGUAUUUCUGACGCGUUAAUCAAUACCGUUUUCGCUUCACUAGAAGAUGUACCAGAUUAUCGACUGCGCCCCAUCGUGCGUGUUUUCUUCAAACCGUUUGUAUAUUCUUGCCCGCCCGCCUUCUACGAUACGGUACUGGUGCCGAUAUUUGCACACUUUGCUCCUUUCAUGUGCUAUCAUCUGGUUCAACGUUGGACAUAUAUAUCGUCGUUAUAUGAAUCGGGUCAGUUGAACGAGGAGUCGAAUGAUACGCAAGAGGUGCUGGAGGAUAUGCUGAACCGUUCUUUAACGCGAGAAUAUCUGGACGUGUUAAAAAUAGCGCUAGUCGGUUUUGGCACUGACAAUGUGCAUGCUGCUGCAAAUGUAACCGACGUUGCUAUGGAGCCAGAAGAGCACUCCAUGGAUGGCACAACACAUUCUCGUGCAGCGCAAUCGGCACUGCUAUCAGAUAUCAUCAGUGACUUGGGUGCGAAACUGUUACGCAAUGAUGCGACCGGAAAUCAUAUACUAAUGACACUGAUGGCUGCGCUCUCUUGGCAAGAUAGCGCCUGCAGCAUGAAGGCGGUUAAUGUAGUGGCGCCGGUGAUGCGUUUCCUGGCCACAAACGAGAUACAGUUAAUGGACCAACACAAAGCAAUGACUGCGUUCCAUGCGGUUUUGCAAGGCCUCCAGGUGCACGGUAUGCAUGAAGCCAAUCAGGCUGGACUCAUAACGCUCGGUGUGCAAUUCUAUGAGCUGCUGCGUCCCAAAUUUCCUAUACUUAGCGAUGUGCUACGAAAUAUACCAAAUGUCAGUGGAGCUGAUGUACAUAAAUUUGAUGAGAAAGUGAGCGUGGCGCCCUUGAAGGGCAAUAAAGUGGACAAAGCUAAGAAAGAUAUAUUUAAGAAGAUGACCGCACGCUUGGUGGGACGCAGUGUAAAUCAGAUGUUCUGCCGCCAAAUCGAAAUUCUCAAUUUGCCGCCAAUGCAGGCGCACGCACCUAAACCCCAUACGGAUAUUGUUGAUAUUACAGAAAAUGCGGCAUUGACGCAGCUAUUCCGCACGGAAAAGUGACCAGUAAAAAAAGCAGGGCAUGCAACUGUAGAAAAAUCUUGAAUUUUAUUAAACACUUCUCCCGCUCUGUUAAUGCGCCACAAAUAGGGUUUUCGUUGAUGAGUUCGUAUUUGCAGCUUGCAUAUAAGGGAAAGGAACAUUAUGCAGUUCAAACUACUACAUACAUAUUUACUUAUUAUUGGAGGAAACGGCCGUUCGGCAAUAUGUAUGCGCACUUUUCCAUCAACUGUACUACGAAAUGGAGAACGAAAUUAUUUAGCUACAUCCAUAUGAAAUAAUUUAUUAAUUAUAUAAAUAUUAUAUAUGCGUAUAUAAAUCCUAUGUUAAUUUUGAGCUUUCAAAUAAUUUCUAUUUACGAAAAUUGGCAUUGUUUUUAUGAAUAUUUUAAAAUAUUAUGUAAGUCUUUAGAAAUUUUUAUUAAGAUAUUAUAAAAGAAGUGAAGUACGAACGAAAUAAACA